AUGUCAGCUCUCCUGGUUACCGGCCUUUUGGCCGCCCUUGUGGCGUCGCCUGUGUCAGCAUUCUGGCGGCUGCCCUGCAAAUCGCCCAUUGUCGUGGAGCGGGCGGAUCCCAUCGUCAGCCCUGGUCAGGUGUCGAACCAUUUGCACACCAUCAUGGGAGGCAACGCCUUUGAUUUUACCAUGGACUACAACACCACCCAGAAAUCCACCUGCUCGUCUUGCACGGUUAUUGGGGACAACAGCAACUACUGGACUCCCACGCUGUUCUUCCAACACCAAAACGGCUCUUUCGAGAGCGUGAACCAGAUCGGCGGUGCCACCGUCUACUACCUGCAAAGGAAGGGUGACGGCGAGACCCUGAAAGCGUUUCCCCCGGGAUUUCGCAUGGUCGCAGGCAACCCUUUCAAGCGAACUGGGGGCGAUGACUUUGCUAGUCAAGCCGUCAGCUAUGCUUGCCUCAACUACAACGGCCCAGCAACGGCAGAGACUCCCAUGUUCCCCAACUACAACUGCCCUGAUGGCCUUCGUGCGCAAGUCUUCUUCCCUUCCUGCUGGAACGGCAAGGACUUGGACACGCCAGACCACAAGUCGCAUGUGUCUUAUCCCACUGGCUCGUACAACAGUGGCUCGUGCCCACCCGACUUUCCUGUUCAUCUGAUCUCCAUCUUCUACGAGGUCAUCUGGGAUACAGGCAAGUUUGCCAAUAUGUGGUACGGAAAAGGCCAGCCAUUCGUGUGGUCGAUGGGCGACCCCACAGGCUAUGGACACCAUGGUGACUUUAUCAUGGGCUGGGAUCCUGAGCUUCUUCAAAGCGCCGUCGACGAGUGCACCAACGACAGCGGUCGAGUGGAGGACUGCCCAGUCUUCAAACUCAUUCCCGAUUCCCAGGCUGAGGGCUGCAGGAUCCAGCCGGAGGUCGACGAACCUGUCAGUGGAGUCCUCUCUGCUUUGCCAGGUUGUAAUCCGGUCCAGCCAGGGCCUACUGCUUCACCUCAGAGCGGUUGCGGUGCUCCCACCAAAAUCACACCAUCUAAUGCCACUUUCUUCACCGACCUGACAAGCAAAGGCUGGUCGUAUACCGGAUGCGGCACAGAUAACUACUACAACCGCAUCCUAACCGGCGCCAACCAGGCGAAUGACCAAAUGACCAACGAGAACUGUGUUGCCUUCUGUGAGAGCAAAGGUUUCUCUGUUGCCGGCACCGAAUAUGGCAGAGAAUGCUAUUGUGGUAACUCCAUCCCGUCGAGCGGUGCGCCUGUCCCCGGUGUGGUCGGAAACUGCCAGAUGCAAUGCAUGGGCGACAAUUCGGAAUUCUGCGGCGGCCCAAGCACUCUGUCCCUGUAUCAAAAGUGCACGGGAGACUCAUGCACGAAUGCUCAGUUCGGUGUGUCUUCUGGUUCCAGUCAAGUCGUCGCUCCAUCUGGUUCAUCUUCGUCUUCUUCUCCCGGCACAAAGACAUCGGCUGCUUCAGCACCUGCCGGGUCCUCUGCUCAGGGCUCAUCUUCAGGUAGCGCAACGAGCACAAUAGUCUCGGCGGUAGCUCCAGGCAGCGAAUCUCCCACUACACUUGCUACGGUGACGACCUCCAAGGCCGCGGCCAUCUCAAGCACAACCUCGUCUGAAUAUCAGGUUGUUCCAGUCAACACAGUUUCGGUAAAUACAAAUUCUUCUACUGAGUCUACAUCGCCUUCACCCACGUCUUCCUCUUCCCCAGCCACAGACCCAAGCACAGACGAUGACGCCGACGCCGUCAUAGACGUGGCAGCGGCAAUGAGUUCGAUGAGAAACACAACCCCAAACAUCUCGGAUUCCGGCUCAGCUUCAUCUGAUGCGAUGGCUUCGGGUGAUGCAGAUGCCGUGUCAGCACCGCAAACUCCUGGCUCCAGUGCUCCCACUCCUGGCACAUCCUCCUUAUCAUCACCCACCAAGGCUGCGCACUCUUCCUCCGUCUCUUAA